GCUAAAAAAAUUGUUAAUCUUUUAUUAGCUGUAUUAUGUGCGUGUAAUUAUUUUGUCAUGCAAUUUUUACCUGCAGAUAUGUUUAUAGUACCGUGUGCAGAACUAAUACACGAAGUCCAAAAGAAAUGAACUGAAGCUUUGUCUCCGUCCCAAUCUCACCGAUAUAAUGUCGAAGAAAGUGCUCAGAUUGUUUAUAUUUAUCUCUUUCGAAAAUGCCGCAAGAAUAGUGUGAAUAUGCGAUACAGAUAUCAUCUUUUGCUGUCUGUUUCUGCUGACAGGAAAUUCAAGAAACUUUCUGAGGAUUUAAUUACUGUGCAGACUGAUAAAAUGCCUGGAAAAAAGCUAAAUCUGCGUGAUCGGUUGGAAGAUGACCAGUUGGACCUUAGUAUGUCUGAUUUAGACGAAGUACCAGUCCGUGAAAUAGCACAAAUCAAGAAGGCAACAUCAUUGGACCUUUCUAAUAAUAGGAUUACAACACUGGGAAAGAAUUUUGCUUCAUUGGUUCAUCUUGUUAAAAUUGAUUUGAGCAACAACUUUCUGACAGAGCUACCUGAAAACUUUGGUGAACUGGUACAAUUAAAGCAUCUGGAUCUUUAUAAUAAUAAACUGCAACACCUCCCAUUAAGCAUUGGACAGUUGAGGAACCUGCGUUGGCUUGAUCUGAAAAACAACCCACUUGUGCCAGCUCUUGCUGAAGUGGUUGGUCCAUGCUUGGAUGCAGCUCAGUGCCAGAAAGCUGCUCGCACAGUGGUGCCCUUUUUACAGAAUAUGCAGGUGCAGAUUGCUGAAGAACGUGAGCGUAGGCAACAGCAGAGAAGGAGACAGCGUGAAUUAGAUGAACUAGCUGCACAGGAGAAAAAGAAAGAGCUUCAACAGCAGCAGCAACAACAGAAGAAGAAAAAGAAAGCUUCUAAAUCAGCUGAAAAAAUACAGGCAAAAACAGAAAAUGGAGUAAAACAUAACUCACGUCCUAGCCAAUCCAUUGUAGAUGAAGAAAUAUCACAGGAUCCCUCCACUGUGCCAAGGGGUAAAAUACAAAGCAAACAUUCCAGCACAAAAAAAGCUGGUAAUGGGUAUGUUCGUCUCAUUUGGACCCCUAUCAUGUUGGUUGUGAGCUGCUUGUUAGGACUCAGUCUGGUUUCUCUGCUGAGCCCUGAACGAUAUUUGUUGUUUCAACAGUCUGUAAAGAACAUCUUACAUCCACCAGCAGCAGAGUUGCUUUGGCAGUUAACUGACUACAUCAGUCAUGGAAUUUUGCAGUGCAGUACUUAUGUCAUGGAAUUUUGGGUAUGGCUGAAGGAGGAAGAAAAGAUCCAGGAGGCGGCUGCAUACUUAAUCAGUGUCUGGCGUUUGUUGUGUCUUAAGGUGGAAGUAGUAUACAGGACGCUCAGUGAUCAGUUGCCUUUAUACAUAGAUAUGGUCAAGAAAAAAAUAUCAUAGUUUUCCUCUGAAAAAUUGUACAUCAAAAAUUUUUGAUACCUUUAUUCAUUGUGAGAAUACAGUGUGAAUCUAUUUCCUUUAA